AUGGCGGCCGGGAGCGCGUCGCGCUGGGUCGGGGCGGCCGCGGGACGCGGGUCGGGGAACGCGCGGCCGCCGCUGCUACUGCUGCUCCGCGGGCUCCGUGUCCCGCCCGCCCGCGCCCCGCGCCGCCUCCUGCUGCUCCGCGCCGGGCUCUGCGCCGCGGGGACGAAACGCGCUGCCGCCGCCGCCGCCGCCGCCUUCCACAGCAGCGCGGCCCACGCCAAGGAGGACUAUUACCAGGUGCUGGGGGUGCCCCGCACCGCCACGCAGAAGGAGAUCAAGAAGGCCUAUUACCAGUUGGCAAAGAAAUACCACCCUGACACAAACAAGGACGACCCUAAAGCGAAGGAGAAGUUCUCUCAGCUGGCAGAAGCCUAUGAGGUGCUGAGUGACGAGGUGAAGAGGAAGCAGUACGAUGCCUACGGCACAGCGAGCUUCGAGGCCGGCGCGGCCGGGGCCGGGGCUGGCGCGGGGCGGCAGUACUGGAGCAGCGGCCCCUCCAUCGACCCCGAGGAGCUCUUCAGGAAGAUCUUUGGGGAGUUCUCAGGAUCCCCUUUUGGCGAUUUUCAGACUGUCUUUGACCAGCCACAGGAGUAUAUCAUGGAACUGACAUUCACCCAAGCUGCAAAAGGUGUUAACAAGGAGAUUGUGGUGAACAUCCAGGACUCCUGUGUGCGCUGUGAUGGCAAAGGACACGAACCUGGCACCAAAGCUCAGCGCUGUCACUACUGCAAUGGCACGGGCAUGGAGACCAUCAACACGGGCCCGUUCGUGAUGCGCUCCACGUGCCGGCGCUGCGGCGGCCGCGGCUCCAUCAUCACCACGCCCUGCGUCGUGUGCCGGGGCACGGGGCAGACCAAGCAGAAGAAGACAGUGAUGGUUCCUGUGCCAGCUGGUGUUGAGGAUGGGCAGACAGUUCGGAUGCCUGUGGGGAAGAAAGAAAUUUUCAUUACAUUCAGGGUUCAGAAGAGCUCUGUGUUCCGACGAAAUGGAGCCGAUAUCCACUCGGAUCUCCUGAUCUCAAUAGCUCAGGCCGUGCUGGGAGGCACAGCCCGGUGUCAAGGCUUGUAUGAGACAAUCAACAUCACAAUACCCCCUGGUAUUCAGCCAGACCAGAGAAUUCGAAUGAGUGGGAAAGGCAUUCCCAAGGUCAACAGCUAUGGCUAUGGAGACCACUACAUCCACAUAAAGAUAAAAGUUCCUCAGAGGCUGACGGAUCGCCAGCGAGCCUUGAUGAUGAGCUACGCCGAGGACGAGGCUGACGUGGACGGCACGGUGAACGGGGUCACCAACACAGCGUCAGGAAAGCGUUCUACUGGGAACUAGGAGCCAGCAGCAGCAGGUCAUCCAUGCAGUUGGGGGUGAAUCUUUCUGGCACCAGGCUCUGGAGAGGACAGGAUGUCAGCAGCACAGCAAGAAUCCCAGCUGGGGAGGCCAUGGACCACCAAGGCACCAACACAAACCCCACCCACUGUCCUAGGAACUGGCAGUGAAGGAAAACACCAACUUUGCAGAAGUGUGGCUCCCUGGAGGCUGCUCCACAACCUUACUGCUGCUGGAAGCUUACAUGGUAAAAGUUGAAGUAUUAUUUAGAAUCCAAACCAGAGGAAAUGUGAAAUAAAUAUUCCAGCACAGAGCAGCAAUUUGCUGUAUGGAGGCUCACUCAGGUGCUCUUUGGAAUGCCAGGUGAACUCUCCAGGAGAUUUGGUGAGUCAGGGAGGUCUAAUCUUGUCUUCACGACAGCCCUGCUGCCCUGUACAGCUCCAAGUGGAAUCUCCCUGUGGCUGGGCAUUGUCUGAGCCCAGCUGGCCUGGCUCCCUCACAGCCCUGGGCUUUCUCUGUCCUGCUGAUUGCCUGCACAGAGCAGUGAUGGAAUCUGCACUUUGUCUCAAGUUUAUCCCCCGAAUAACUAAAGUUACCACACAACUGCUGUCGCUUCUGGACUGGUCCAAGUCGAUCACUGAGCCCUUUGCCAGUUGGGGACAAAAAUCUUUUUAUUACUUUAGUGCAACACCCAUAGCAUAAAGGAUUGGUCAAAGCAUUGUUGUUUUACUUGUGUGAGAGUGCAAGUGAGGUGGAUCACUCCUUCCAGACGCAGCUGAGCUCUUUCAGUGAGUAUUCCAUGGUUACUGUAGCCUGCUGUGUUUGUGAUACCCUGCAGGUACCAUCAGCCCAGUACUAAUCAGUUCAACACCAGUUAAACAGGGACAUGCUGUAGUCUUGCCCUUCUUAAUUUGCUGAAAUAAAGCACGCGUUGCCUCCUGAUUAAACUUCUGUAAAGUGAUUCUGUACUCAUGUAAAUAAGAUGGACUUCAUAAAGAUAUUUAACUCGU